AUAUGGCACCCCAUUUUUCUAGUUAGCAAUUGAGAAAACAACAUGUUAUAAGACUCCAAUUGUUGUAACUGGUUUUCCUUGAUGGAUGAUGCCAACAACUACUGGAUUGUUAAUACAGUUUUGGGUUGAUCUGUAAAGCAAGGUGAUUCACUAUUAUUUAUGCUGUUCUGAACCGGAGUUUUCACUUUUCAGGCGCUCCCCAAUUGUUCCUUUUGCAUUAGGAUACUCCUAGCUACCAUCCGCUCCCCAAAGGUAUCGAUGCUACAGAGAUGGCUCUGCACAAUUUUAGUAAACUCUAACCCUUACCGGAAAUUCACUAUUCCUUAUGCUGUUCUGAACCGGAGUUUUCAGGCGCCAACUCCGGCGAUUCGCCGCCUCAUUUCUUCAACUCCGCGCAUGAGUUACGCCAGAAGAUCGGAAGCGGUUCCUAUUCCUUCGCCCCUCACAGCCGAUAAGAACGAGGUCUAUCGGGCACUCGAGGCCGCGCUAGGUUCCCCAUUCAGUCCUUCUCCAAUAGCUCCGAACCCUAACCCUCUAAUCAUCGUGAUCAGCGGGCCCAGUGGCGUCGGCAAAGAUGCAGUGAUUAAACGUCUGCGAGAAGUCAGAGAAAACAUCCAUUUCGUCGUCACGGCCACGAGCCGUCAGAAACGGGCCGGCGAGGUUGACGGUAAGGAUUACUACUUCGUGAGCAAAGAUGAAUUUCUAUCCAUGAUUGCGAAAAACGAGCUUUUGGAGUAUGCUUUGGUUUAUGGAGAUUUUAAGGGUAUUCCUAAACAACAAAUUAGGGAUUAUUUGGGGAAAGGUUGUGAUAUUGUGCUGAGAGUAGAUAUACAAGGAGCGGCAACUUUGAGGAAGAUUCUGGGGAAUGGGGCAGUGUUUGUGUUCUUAGUUGCAGAGAGUGAGGAAGCAUUGGUAAAGAGAUUGAUCGAGAGGAAGACCGAGACUAAGGAGACUUUGCUGGUGCGGGUUGCAACGGCUAGGGAGGAGGUUAGGCAUAUGAGGAGCUUUGAUUAUGUUAUUGUGAAUAGAGAGGGAGAGUUGGAUGGUGCUGUAAAAUUGGUGGAGGCCAUCAUUGAUGCAGAGAAGGCCAAAGUUCUUCAGAGGAAGGCCACCAUCUAGUAACAAAAUACUCACUUUCUCCAUGGAAACUGAUACGAUCUGCUUGUUGUGCUUCAACUUUUUCUGAUUUAGUUUUGCUCACAAUGCAUUUUAGUUUUUCUGUAAUCAAUAUCUGUUUGCAUACAUGGUUUUGAACAGAGACAAAGCAGGUGAAGUUUUUGGUGUAGCUUUACUUUAAAUGUUGUCAUGAUUGCACAAUUAGUGUUACAAUGGCAUAAUGUGUAUUGCUUACUCAUGUUCAGCUGUGGAGAGUGACUUUAGUAUCACAAUGGCAUAAUGUGUAUUGCUUAC